UUUUCAAAUGAGAACGCACCGGGCGGCGGACGAAAACCGGUCGAAACGCGCGCAUGGCCUCCCCACUCCCGACAGUUUCAGCUGUCGUAGGUGGUGCCACCUUGUAUACGUAGUGAGUUGUAUUUCCACAACAUUGACGGCCGUUCGCACAAUAUGUGAAACGAUAUCUACUGUUUUGUUUACGCGCGCUCAGUAAAUAUAUUGAAUUUUGGCUUGGAUUUGUGCGUUUAAAUUAUUUUUUUUAUCGUGUCCUGCUUAUUGGACAAAAUUAUGGAUGACGAAAUAAUUGUUACACCAACAAAAAAAAAUCCAAAGGGAAAGUUUGUUUCAUCAAGUCAAAAAGUGAUGAUUAUCAAUGCGUACAAAAUGGAGUUGAAAAACAAUCCGAAAAUCACUAUUAGGGAAUGUCGGAUAGUUCUUUCCAAACGCCUAGGCAUUGGGCAAAGAACAAUUUCAAACACUAUUAGUGAGUACAAUACCUCAAAGACUGUGAUGUCUCCAAACAGAAAACGAUGUAAGAAAUCGUUUAAAGACGAUUUCGAUGAUUUACAUCGUAACACUGUGCGUCGUCAUGUACAUUCUUUUUGGUACAACAAAACCAUUCCUACAUUGGCCAAAAUAUACGCAGUUAUUAAGGACGACGAUAGUUUACCGUAUGUAUCAGAAACCAAUUUAUAUCGUCUUUUAAAAACCAUGGAUUUCGAAUACACCAAACGAAGCCGCAAUAGUGCUCUCGUCGAAAGAGACGAAAUAGUUGUAUGGCGUCAACAUUACUUGGAGGAUAUAAAGAAAUACCGGGAAGAAGGGAGACACAUGUACUACCUGGACGAAACGUGGGUCAAUGCAGGAGAAUGUACCAACAAAACAUGGGUAGACAAAACCGUCAAAUCGUGCCAUGAUGCAUUUGUUCGAGGCCUCACAACAGGGCCGAAAAAUCCAACAGGGAAAGGCAAACGACUGAUCAUUCUACACAUAGGGUCGGAAGACGGGUUUGUACCAGGUGGACUCCUAUGUUUUGAGUCAAAAAAAAACACGAAUGAUUAUCAUGACGAGAUGAACGGUGACACAUUUUUUGAAUGGAUGCAAAAUAUAUUACCAAAACUAAAAGAAAACUGUGUCAUCGUUAUGGAUAACGCAUCAUACCAUUCAGUAAAGGCAGACAAAAUACCUACUACAUCAACAAAAAAGGCGGACAUAAUUAAAUGGUUGGAAGAAAAAGGUGAAGUUAUCGACAAGCCUAUGGUAAUUCCUCGACUACUUGAAAUAGUACGCAGAAUUAAACCAAUGCACGACAAAUAUGUAAUUGACGAACUGGCCAAAGAACACAAUCGCACCAUCUUAAGACUCCCACCGUACCAUUGUGAGUUAAAUCCGAUAGAGCUGGCUUGGUCAUCAGUCAAACAUCACGUCAAAAUAAACAAUACCAGCUACAAAUUACCUGAUGUGAAAAACUUGUUGUUGGAAGGUAUCGAACGGGUAAAUUCCGUUAUGUGGAAAAAUUUCAUAAGUCAUACCGAAAAAAUCGAAAAAAAAUUCUACGAAAUGGAUUUCAUCGUUGACCAAAUGUUGUCUGCAGAAGUAGAACCUGUUGUCAUCAAUGUAAGUAAUUCCUCUUUCGAGUCUGAGUCUGACUAAAUGUAUUUUUAUUUUUUAUAUUUGUAAUUUUUAUUUUUUUUUUAUGUGUAAUAAAAAAAGAAAUAUUAAACAAAUGGUUUUCUGUACUUAUUAAAAUAUCAUCCAUAAACCUAUCCAUCGUGUUUCUGUGUAUAAUAUAAUCAAAUAAAAUAAUGAAGUAUAUAUAUUUAUAUACAUUUAUAUGUAUAAAAAAAAAAUUUUUAAAUGUUUUUUUGUUGUAAGUGAUAUACAAUUAUAAACUAACUACCUAUCUGAUCGAAAUCAAUUUAAUGAACCGUUUGAUUAAUUUAAAUACAUAUCUAAUAAUUAUACAAUCAUGAAGAGCCAAAAAAAUCUUUAAAUUCAAUAUUAUAUAGGUACGAUUAGUGUCGUACUUAUAUAAAUGCGUAUUAUAAUAUAUGAGUUGAUAUACAU